AGAAACGUGACACACCAGCCCGCUUGGAGGGGUUUCGGACAGAAGGGAAAGGAGCAGCUCCGCGUCGUCCGCCUCCCAGCGCGCCGCGGGCACUUCUCCCCGGCCUCCCCGAACUCUCCCGCGACCUCUGCGCGCCCUCAGGCCGCCCUCCCCGCCGCGGGCUCCGGACAACUUCAGGGGUGGGGUGCAAAGAAAGUUUGCGGCUGCUGCCGCCGGCCUCCCGCCUCUCGGCCUAGGAGGCUCGCCGCCCGCGCCCGCCCGCUCGGCCUUGCCAGGGACCGCGUCCCGCCCGGAGACCGCCACCAUGAACAAGCUGUACAUCGGCAACCUCAACGAGAGCGUGACCCCCGCGGACUUGGAGAAAGUGUUUGCGGAGCACAAGAUCUCCUACAGCGGCCAGUUCUUGGUCAAGUCCGGCUAUGCCUUCGUGGACUGCCCCGACGAGCACUGGGCGAUGAAAGCCAUCGAAACUUUCUCCGGGAAAGUCGAAUUGCAAGGAAAACGUCUAGAGAUUGAACACUCAGUCCCCAAAAAACAAAGGAGUCGGAAAAUUCAGAUUCGAAACAUCCCACCCCAGCUCCGUUGGGAAGUGCUGGACAGCCUGCUUGCUCAGUACGGUACAGUGGAGAACUGCGAGCAAGUGAACACCGAGAGUGAGACUGCAGUGGUGAAUGUCACCUAUUCCAACCGGGAACAGACCAGGCAAGCCAUCAUGAAGCUGAAUGGCCACCAGCUGGAGAACCACGCCUUAAAAGUCUCCUACAUUCCUGACGAGCAGAUAGCACAGGGUCCUGAGAAUGGGCGCCGCGGAGGCUUUGGCUCUCGGGGUCAGCCCCGCCAGGGCUCCCCUGUGGCAGCGGGGGCCCCAGCCAAGCAGCAGCAAGUGGAUAUCCCCCUGCGGCUCCUGGUGCCAACCCAAUAUGUGGGUGCCAUCAUUGGCAAGGAGGGGGCCACCAUCCGAAACAUCACGAAACAGACCCAGUCCAAGAUAGAUGUGCACAGGAAGGAGAAUGCAGGCGCUGCGGAGAAGGCCAUCAGCGUCCACUCGACCCCUGAGGGCUGCUCAUCUGCGUGUAAGAUGAUCUUGGAGAUUAUGCAUAAGGAGGCAAAGGACACCAAAACGGCCGACGAGGUUCCCCUGAAGAUCCUGGCCCAUAAUAACUUUGUGGGGCGUCUCAUUGGCAAGGAAGGGCGUAACCUGAAGAAGGUGGAACAGGACACGGAGACAAAGAUCACCAUCUCCUCGCUGCAGGACCUCACCCUCUAUAACCCCGAGAGGACCAUCACUGUGAAGGGGGCCAUUGAGAACUGCUGCAGGGCGGAGCAGGAGAUCAUGAAGAAAGUUCGGGAGGCCUACGAGAAUGACGUGGCUGCCAUGAGUCUGCAGUCACACCUCAUCCCCGGCCUGAACUUGGCAGCUGUAGGUCUGUUUCCAGCCUCGUCCAGUGCGGUCCCGCCACCUCCCAGCAGCGUCACUGGGGCUGCUCCCUACAGCUCCUUUAUGCAGGCUCCGGAGCAGGAGAUGGUGCAGGUGUUCAUCCCGGCGCAGGCAGUGGGUGCUAUCAUCGGGAAGAAGGGACAGCACAUCAAACAGCUCUCCCGCUUCGCCAGUGCCUCCAUUAAGAUUGCUCCUCCUGAAACUCCUGACUCCAAAGUUCGUAUGGUCAUCAUCACUGGACCCCCAGAGGCCCAAUUUAAGGCUCAGGGAAGAAUUUAUGGAAAACUCAAGGAGGAGAACUUCUUUGGUCCCAAGGAGGAAGUAAAGCUGGAGACCCACAUCCGGGUGCCGGCGUCAGCUGCCGGCAGGGUCAUUGGCAAAGGCGGCAAAACGGUGAAUGAGUUGCAGAAUUUGACAGCAGCCGAGGUGGUGGUGCCAAGAGACCAGACCCCGGAUGAAAAUGACCAGGUCAUCGUCAAGAUCAUCGGACAUUUUUAUGCCAGCCAGAUGGCCCAGAGGAAAAUACGAGACAUCCUGGCCCAAGUUAAACAGCUGCACCAAAAGGGACAGAGUAACCAGGCCCAGGCACGGAGGAAGUGACCAGCCCCUCCCCAUCACGUCGACUCAAGGACAACGGGCUGAAAUCGAGAGCGUGUUCUCCCCAGCAGGCCUGAGAAUGAGUGGGAAUCAGGGACACUUGGGCCGGGAUGUAGAUCAGGUUUGCCCACUUGCUUGAGAAAAGACGUUCCAGUGAGGAACCCUGAUCCCUCGGCCCCACACGCCCAACCAAUUGGCCCGACACUGCCCACCCCUCAGGGUGUCACCAUGGAAAUUUCUAGCUCAGGGUGCUUUUAAACGUGGAUUGUUUUAAGUAAGUUCUCCAGGUCCCACCGAGAGGGUGGGUCAGACCCCAGUGGGAAGAGAAAUAAAAUUUCCUUCAGGUUUUUCAAUCAUGCAGAGGGGUGUUUUAAUCAGCCUCAAAGGAUGGUU